UUCCAAAGUGCUGGGAUUACAGGAAUGAGCCACCCCUCCAGUCACACUCCGCUUUCUUGAGUGCGUGCAUUUUGCUUUGCAAUAAGUCUCUCUACUUUCACUUUUCUAACUCGUCCUUAAAUUCCUUCUUGUGACAGUGUCAAGACCCUCGACACCAGCUGGAGUCAAGGUCUCACCAGUGUUUAGGGACCUCUCGUAAUCCACUGGUAUCAGCAUGAUCAGAUUUGCUUUUUCAGAAAAAGCUUUCUGUCCAUAGGACAAAGGGAAGUGACUCAAAGAAGGAGCAGGAGGAGUCACAAGCUCCCUGCCUGACAAGGCCUGGACUACGGCAGAGGCAGUGAGAUGGUGAGAAAGCGAGGGUAUGCAGCCAGCCAAAUCCAGAAUAUAGAAAGUUCUACAGGAAAAAGUGGGGCCAACGUGGAACAGGGGGAAAAGAGUUGUUGCACAUUAACAGUACAAUGCAAUGCACUGGCUUUGUUUAUGUCCAGGUUAGAACAAACCAAUGAGAAAGCACAUCUAUGAGACUACUGAAGCAAUCUGAACACUGACUAGAUAUAAUAUUAUGUUCAUUAUGCUUUAAUUUGGGGUACAAUAAUGUUUUUGUAGCUAUUUCUAAAGAGUCCUAUCUCUUAAGGAUACACUCUAAAAUACCAGUGGAAAAUAAUCCAGUGGGGUGAGAGGGAGAGGGAAGGGAGAGGAGCAUAGAUGAAACAAUUUUGGCAUAUGUUUGUAAUUGUUGAAACUGAGUGAUGGGAAUAUGGAGAAUUAACAUAUUAAUGCUAUUUUCUGCCCACGUAAUAUUUGAAUAUUUUCAUAACAAAGUUGAGAGAGAGAUAAAGAGAGAAAAGAGAAAAGAAGAGAAGAGAGAAGAGAUGAGGGAAGUGGAGGAAAAAGAGCUUUCUGCCAAGGACCAUUGCAAUGGACACAAAUGAAAAAGACUACCUUCCUACCAUGAAUUCUAGGUGUGCACUACCCAAGAUGCAUCCAUCGGAUUCUUGCUUCCAGAAAUGUUACCAAUUCCAGUGUUUCAGUUCUCAGCAGAGGACGACAGUUCCACCAGAAGACAUCUAGUGUUAUCUGGAGACACUUUAGUUAUCCCAGCUGAGGGCACAGUGCUGCUGGCAUCUAGUGGAUGAAGGUCAGGAAUGCACCUCAACAUCCUGGAACACUCGGGACAAUCCCCCACAACAAAAACCUAUCCAUCCAGAACAUCAACCGGGCUGUGGUUGAGGAGGCCUGCUCUAGUGCUUCCUCCUUGCUGUAUCCUCAUCAAGGGGGCUCGGGGCCCCCCUUGAUGUCAGGGGCUGCUACAGGCUCCUGGCAGAUUUCAGCGACUUACUCCAGACUCAUGGAACAUUCAGGAUUCUUAGCAUGGACACAGGAGACUCAGGCUGUCGUAAGAACUCUCUUUUUCUUCACCCACUCAUUCUCAUCACUCCACCAUUUCCACUGCCUUCCCAAAUGCCCUUCGUGAGUCCCACCAGGGGCCAGAACACCACCCUCUCAAGCCUCCCCAGUGGCGCGCACACAACUGGAGAACUGUCUCCCAGCUGGCAAGGCGUCUUGAGAUUCCAGCACUUCUCAGUCUUUCCCAGCUUGUUUGUAUAUGGAGUGGGGUGGGUUCUCUCACACAGGAGAAAUUACAAGGAAUUACGUGAGGGGAAUACAGGAAUUUCUGUGGAAACGGUGUGUGAGAAAACAUGGGAAGAAAACAACUUCAGGAAAUAGUAAGUGACAUCUUGAGAGCAGAAAGUGAGAAGGGAGCAGAAAGAAAUGCGGCUGGAACCUGGGAAGGAGAGGACAGGUGGGGAUGGCCUUGCACACUGUGGGCAUUGAGGAGUGUGGGCCCGUGGCGUGGGUGGAGUUUCAAGCCAGGGAGAAGAUUCCUGUUUUGAACUUUAGAUUGGCCCUGGCAAUGUGGAGACUGUAUUGGAGGAAGGCAAGAAUGGAGGAGACCCCCUAGGUGGAGGUUUGGCAAUGCUCUCUCCAGAAUAUAGAAGCCUCUUCCAAGGUAGGAAAGCCCUGAGUGGAGAGAAGUUAAUGGAUCUGAGGGCUGCAAGGGAGGACUUGGAUCAUCAGGACUUUUAGGGAGGCAUAUGGUCAAGGCUUGAGUCCUGGCCCAUUGGAAAGGAGAGCACUGGUUUUAGGAUGUGGGUCAAUUAGUUUGGUUUUCAGGACAGGCUGAGUUGGAUAUCCUGGGGGACCUGCAGGUGGCAGUGUCGGGGGAAGCUGGAUGUGCUAACAUUGAACUCAGCAGAAUGAGUGGAGAUCUACAUCUGGGGUCACAGGCAGUGGAUGCCGUAGGGUGGACUCAAUAGAUCAAACAGAACCCCGAGGAAGACAGGCAGCAAAGGGAGCCCUAAAGAACAAUGAGGAGAUGUGCCAAGAAAGAGCCAAAUCCAGGGCUUUGUAGCAGCCCAGGUGAGAGGGCUUGGGGAGUAAGAGUAAGUGUCAGCAAUGUCAAAUGUUGCAGAGACAUAGAGUAAGACAAAAUAGGAAAAAACAUCCAUGGAACCCUGUGAUGCAAUCACAAUGCAGAACGACUUUAUAACUCCUGCCUGGUCUUCUCCUCUGCCCACUCAUGGCAAAGGAAUACAAAGUAAUGUUCCCUCCUUCCGCUAGAAAAGCACAACUUCUGCCCCCAAGCUCUGGGCUCUCCGGAGAGGACAGGACCAGCCUCUGAAGUUUGAAGGUCCUGGUUUACCAGGGUCAGGAGCAGUCUGAUCAAAAGGAGGCCAUCCACGUCUGGGGCCAUUCCCACAGCUCCCGGAUGCUGGGUUUGGAGGCUGCGCCCUUCCCCCCCAGGAGCUCGGCCCAGUGGGCAGCCUGAAUAUGGCCAAUUACACGCUGGCACCAGAGGAUGAAUAUGAUGUCCUCAUAGAAGGUGAACUGGAGAGCGAUGAGGCAGAGCAAUGUGACAAGUAUGAUGCCUGGGCGCUCUCAGCCCAGCUGGUGCCGUCGCUCUGCUCUGCUGUGUUCGUGGUCGGUGUCCUGGACAAUCUCCUGGUUGUGCUUAUCCUGGUAAAAUAUAAAGGACUCAAACGCGUGGAAAAUAUCUAUCUUCUAAACUUGGCAGUUUCUAACUUGUGUUUCUUGCUUACCCUGCCCUUCUGGGCUCACGCUGGUGGUGAUUCCAUGUGUAAAAUUCUCAUUGGACUGUACUUUGUGGGCCUGUACAGUGAGACAUUUUUCAAUUGCCUUCUGACCGUGCAAAGGUACCUAGUGUUUCUGCACAAGGGAAACUUUUUCUCAGUCAGGAGGAGGGUGCCCUGUGGCAUCGUUACAAGUGCCCUGGCGUGGGUAACAGCCAUUCUGGCCACUGUGCCCGAAUUUGCGGUUUAUAAACCUCAGAUGGAAGACCCGAGAUACAAGUGUGCAUUUAGCAGAACUCCCUUCCUGCCAGCUGAUGAGACAUUCUGGAAGCAUUUUCUGACUUUAAAAAUGAAUGUUUCGGUUCUUGUCUUUCCCCUAUUUAUUUUUACAUUUCUCUACGUGCAAAUGAGAAAAACACUAAGGUUCGGGGAGCAGAGGUAUAGCCUUUUCAAGCUUGUUUUUGCCAUAAUGGUAGUCUUCCUUCUGAUGUGGGCGCCCUACAAUAUCACACUUUUCCUGUCCACUUUCAAAGAACAUUUCUCCCUGAGUGACUGCAAGAGCAACUACAACCUGGACAAAAGUGUUCUCAUCACUAAACUCAUCGCCACCACCCACUGCUGCGUCAACCCUCUCCUGUAUGUCUUUCUUGAUGGGACAUUUAGGAAAUACCUCUGCCGCUUUUUCCAUCGGCGUAGUAACACCCCACUUCAACCCAGGCGGCAGUUUGCACAAGGCACAUCGAGGGAAGAACCUGACCAUUCCACCGAAGUGUAAACUAGCAUCCACCAAAGGCAAGACGACUAAACAUGGAUUUUCAUCUUUUUGCAUUAUUUCACGUAAAUUUUUUACACACUUGGAUACAAAAUCAGAUACAGGAAGAAAAGGGAGAGGUGAGCUAACAUUUGCUAAGCAUUGAAUUUGUCUCAGGCACCGUGCAAGGCCCUUUACAAACAUGAGCUCCUUCGCCUCCUACGACUUGUCCAUAGUGUGGAUGGGACUAGUCUCAUUUCUCUGAGAAGGAAACUGAGGCUCAGAAAUUUGUCUAAGAUCACACAAGUAGGAAGUGGCAGAACUGAUUCUCCAGCCCUGGUAGCAUUUGCUCAGAGCCUAUGCUUGGUCCAGAACGUCAAACUCCAAACCCUGGGGAAAAACUGCAUGAAAUAAAUGUAUUUUAAAACAUCUA